CAAAAAACAAGACGGCAGUAUGAGUCGAGAUCUGCAAUAGAUAAACACAGACAUAGAGCAGCCACCGGGAAGCAGAGAGGCUGAUGCUGACAGGGAGCGAGAGGGAGGCAGCCAUUUUGGCAUUUACAAUUCUCACUGCUGUUUUUUAAAUCAUUUUAUUUUCAUUUUUCAUUCAGGGGGGACAUAGCAAGGAUAUAAAAGCAGGUGUUCCCUUUAAGAGGGAAAGGAUCAGGACCAAGGACAGCAUCCUCCAUCUCCAUCCUCCAUCUCCAGCUCCUGUAUAGGUACCACGGUUUGAGAGGAAGUCCGAGUGACCAGGCCAGACUUCAACCUCAGUCCCUCCACCUACAUGGAGCUCAGCUGUUAUGGAUGGGAGAAGCCUAACCCAGUCUGAGAAACCCCUAUGAACAACAGACCCAAUGGACAUCAAAGGCCAGUCCUGGACUGAUGAGGAAUCAGAUGGGGAGAAUGAGUCGGAGCAGUUCCUCUAUGGGAUCCAGGGGAGCUGUGCUGCUGACCUGUACCGACACCCCCAACUGGAUGCAGACAUCGAGGCAGUCAAGGACAUCUAUACCGACAGUGCUGUCUCUGUCAGAGAGUAUGGAACCAUUGAUGAUGUGGACAUUGACCUUCAGAUUAACAUCAGUUUCUUGGAUGAGGAGGUGGCAACAGCCUGGAAGGUCAUCCGAACAGAGCCCAUCAUUCUGAGACUGCGCUUCUCUCUCUCGCAGUACCUAGAUGGACCGGAACCAUCAGUGGAGGUGUUCCAGCCCUCCAAUAAAGAGGGCUUCAGCCUGGGCCUGCAGCUCAAGAAGAUCCUGAGUACGUUCACAUCCCAGCAGUGGAAGCACCUCAGUAAUGAGUUCCUGAAGGCCCAGCAGGAGAAGAGACACAGCUGGUUCAAGGCCGGGGGAACCAUUAAGAAGUUCCGCGCAGGACUCAGCAUCUUCUCUCCCAUCCCCAAGUCCCCCAGCUUCCCUCUGAUCCAGGACACGGUUCUGAAGGGGAAGCUGAGUGUUCCAGAGCUGAGGGUGACCCGGCUCAUGAAUCGCUCUAUCUCCUGCACCAUGAAGAACCCCAAGGGGGAGCUGUUCAGCUACCCCCCCAACAGCCAGACUGUGGCUGUCCCGGCGGCCAGGGCCCCAGCGCAGAUUACCACGAGGCAGCUGAUUGAAUUGUUUUUCUCAUCCCAGGCGGGCGGACACUGCAAGAACAUCCCUACCUUGGAGUAUGGCUUCUUAGUACAGAUAAUGAAAUACUCGGAGCAGAGGAUCCCCACUCUCAAUGAGUACUGUGUGGUCUGUGACGAGCAGCACGUCUUUCAGAACGGAUCCAUGUUGAAGCCAGCUGUGUGCACUAGAGAGCUGUGUGUGUUCUCCUUCUACACUCUGGGUGUGAUGUCAGGAGCAGCAGAGGAGGUGGCCACUGGAGCAGAGGUGGUGGAUCUGCUGGUGGCUAUGUGUCGGGCUGCUCUGGAGUCUCCUCGUAAAAGCAUCAUCUUUGAACCCUACCCCUCUGUGGUCGACCCCAACGACCCCAAGACUUUGGCCUUCAACCCAAAGAAGAAGAACUAUGAGAGAUUGCAAAAAGCACUGGACAGUGUCAUGUCAAUCCGCGAGAUGACCCAGGGUUCAUAUCUGGAGAUUAAGAAACAGAUGGACAAACUGGACCCCCUGGCUCACCCUCUACUGCAGUGGAUCAUAUCCAGUAACCGAUCCCAUAUCGUCAAGCUGCCUCUGAGCAGGCAACUGAAGUUCAUGCACACAUCCCACCAGUUCCUAUUACUCAGCAGCCCGCCUGCCAAGGAGGCACGCUUUCGCACGGCCAAGAAGCUCUACGGCAGCACCUUUGCCUUCCAUGGUUCCCAUAUAGAGAACUGGCACUCCGUUCUGAGAAAUGGACUAGUCAAUGCCUCUUAUACCAAACUGCAGCUGCAUGGUGCAGCCUAUGGAAAGGGUAUCUAUCUCAGCCCCAUCUCCAGCAUUUCCUUUGGAUACUCAGGGAUGGGUAAAGGACAGCACCGCAUGCCCACCAAAGAUGAGCUGGUGCAGCGUUACAACCGAAUGAAUACCGUUCCACAGGUGCAGUGUCUGAUGAGCCGUCCUCUCCAGUCAAGGUUUCUCCAGAGCCGGAAUCUAAACUGCAUUGCCCUUUGUGAAGUGAUCACGUCCAAGGACCUGCAGAAGCACGGCAACAUCUGGGUGUGUCCUGUGUCCGACCACGUUUGCACGCGCUUCUUCUUCGUGUACGAGGACGGCCAGGUGGGAGAUGCCAACAUCAACACCCAGGAGCCCAAGGUGCAGAAGGAGAUCAUGCGUGUGAUCGGCACUCAGAUCUACUCCAGCUAAUGGAGGCUCCCCGGAGCCCUUGGAGGAACAGGUCGGUACUGAAGAUAUAAAUACAGACAGACAUUUGGGAGACACAAACUCAGACCAGAUGAGGGAGGUUGAUGAUCUUUACGCCUCAUAUCUACAGUCUCGUUCUCUUUCCUCACUUUAUAUUCCAAAAGCUUUCUGUUCUCACUGUGUAACAGUUCCUCCUUUGUGCUCCAGUGAGCCACACCCAUGGGCUAGAUAGUGCUGGAGAACACAGGGAUGAAUGAAGGAAACCUUAGCUGGACUGGUUUGCCACACACACACACCCGCACUCUGAGCGCACGAACACACUCACUUCCCUUUCAGCUCCCUGGUCUCUCAUUUCCUCCUGAGCCACUGUCAAGUCUCAUCCACUCUCUUUUAUCAGCUGCAAAUGUGAGAAUCCUUUGGACUAUGUAUCUAUAUUCAUCAGUUCUCAUUGUGGAUAUCUAGAAGAAGAACAACGAGUCAUGUUUAGUUUAUUACACCCCCCCCUGUGGGUGUUGAUUGGUGGAUCUACAUGCAUGUAGAAGUUUGUUGUUUUAUUGUGUUUGUUGUAGGCAUUAUCUCAGUGAUCCGUUUAUUUCCUAUUCUUUGACUAAUGACAUAAAUUUACGGGCCAAGAUGCAAUUAUCUCCCGGGUCAAAGCAGUCAAACUGAGAGAGGGACCUGAAGCCCUCUGGUUGAGUAACAUGGUCGUAUGUUGCACAGGACAAUCCAUCACACGUUAAUAUUGUUACCAGUCUUGUCAGGAGAGACUAGUCACAGACAGACACAGCCACAGCCUGCUCCCUCUGUUCUCCUGACGUUUCAUUUAGGGAAAUUAGACCGGAGAGUCAAAAUGAUGACACAGAGAGUACUGGUGCCCCCUAGACUGCUGAAUCUGAGAGAGCAUGAUGCAAAACCCAUAGCAACACUCUUCUUCGAGAAAUCACACUGACAAGAGGAGCUGUUCUGCCAUGGCCAUAGACUUAUCUUUGUGACUUGAUCCAUAAAGUACAGUCCAUCCCACUCUGAGAGACUAGGGCUGUGACCCCAGGUGAAUCCAUGCCCGACAGCACACUAUCCCUCCCUACUCAGAGAUAUAAUACAUGGAGUUAUUAUAUGGCUAUGGCCCUACAAACAGGACACUGGAUGUUGUUGUGCUUUACUUACAUAUUUACGGUUUACCUUGGGGAACGGCAACCCUGUGUAUAAUUUACCCUGUUUAUCAAUUAGCUGUAUGUAUGUGUGGGUUAUUUGUAAUUUCUGUACAAUCGUACAUUAUACUGGACAUUGCACUUAUUCAACAUUUGCCUAGCCCAGAUAAAAUGAAUGUUCUCUCUCUCUCUCUCUCUCUCUCUCUCUCUCUCUCUCUCUCUCUCUCUCUCUCUCUCUCUCGCUCUCUCUCUCUCUCUCUCUCUCUUUUCUUUCUCUCUUUCUCUCUCUCUCUCUCUCUCUCUCUCUCUGUCUCUCUUUCUCUCUCUCUCUCUGUCUCUCUUUCUCCCUUCUCUCUCUUUCUCUCUCUCUCUCUCUCUCUCUCUCUUUCUCUUUCUCUCUCUUUCUCUCUCUCUUUCUCUCUCUCUCUCUUUCUCUCUCUCUCUCUCUCUCUCUCUCUCUCUCUCUCUCUCUCUCUCUCUCUCUCUCUCAGACUGUCUCAAGGUCUACCUGUCUAGUGUGUAGAAAGAUAGUGAACCACAGAAAGAUUAAACUAAACUACUAAAUGUCCCUUAUGGUGAAAUGUCUUCACGAGGACAUGCAUACUGAACAUGACUUGGCAAUAGGUGCUGGGUACAAAUGCAGAGCGUCGUUGGUGUUGAACAACAACAACAAGAGUGUAUUGUAAAUGUAAAUAUGGACCAGAGAAGGAGAAAUGUACUGUUGGGAGAGAAAUGACUCUUAUCUGCACAAGUCAAGUAUUGUUUGUCGAGAUGAAAGGACUGGGGGAAACACCUUACCCAGUCUUCACUAUCCAGUGCUCCUUCUGGCUGCGGUGUGUAGGGCCCGUUGACAGCUGAUACCUAUCGUCCCCCCAUUAAGAGUGACUGUAUUCAGAUCCCUAUCUGUUCUUGUCCCUCUCUGUCAGUGGUGUGUUCAUGAUGGUGACGACGAUGGAAAGAUAUGAUGAAAGGAAUGAAUAAAGAUUUUUGCACAAUUUUAAUAA